AAUUACUUAAAAGUUUUGGUUAUGGUUUUGGAUUAGCCCAGGAAUUCCCCUAAAGCAACCAAUAGAAUGGGCUACUUGCAGGUAGUGCUGGAUACUAUUUGGGAGGUUGAGAGAAUAAUAAGAAAUUAUGGUAUAUAAACCCGUGUCUGGAGCUGAGAAGCCAGUUGCUCCAGAAUUCAAAAAGUUCCUCUAGAAGUUUUGAAGUUUCACUGGCAGAAGUUUUCGAGCUAUGAAGGUUUUUAAAAUCAGCAUGUUUACCAAUCCAACUCUAUUCUGCUUGACCAACGCCAAUCAUCACAAACUAUGAGCCCAGAAAGUCCUCUAAACGACACUUUUCUAAACUUGAACAUUUCCAGCAAUUCUUCAGAUACUGAACAUUACGUCCCUUACAAGAACAGGCCAGAAACCUACAUUGUUCCUAUAGUCUUUGCUGUCAUCUUUGUGGUCGGCUUAUUGGGCAAUGGAACACUGAUGGCCAUAUUCGUAAAGCAUAAAGUAAUGCGUAGUAUACCUAACACUUAUAUAAUCAGCUUGACUGCUGGAGACCUUCUAGUCAUCAUUGGAACGGUUCCGUUUGUAAGUACCAUUUACACUCUCGAAAGCUGGCCAUAUGGUGAGUUUGUGUGUAAGCUUAGCGAGUUACUUCGGGACGUGUCUGUUGGAGUAACAGCCCUGAAUUUGGUCGCUUUGAGUGUUGACCGAUAUACUGCCAUCGUUUUUCCACUCAGCAAGCAGUCCAGCAUACAUACCAAAAGCUUGACGGUUCUGCUUGCUGUUAGCAUCUGGUUCAUCGCUGUAAUCUUGGCCAUUCCAGGAUCAUAUUUCGCCUUUAUACUACAACUCGAUCUGCAGGGAAAAAUCAUAUCUGUAUGCUAUCCAUACCCUGAGUACAUGAUGCCUUGGUAUCCCCGCACCAUGGUGCUCAUUAAGUUUUUGCUAUUCUACACCUUGCCGCUGCUGUGCACUGGGAUAUUUUACUGUUUAACGGCACGCCACCUAAUCCGAAGUUCACAAAAUCUGGUAGGCAGGAAUCAUAGUCACGUCAAACAGUUGAGGGCUCGUGUGAAGGUUGCUAAAAUCGUUCUAAUUUUUGUGGUUCUCUUCGCCAUAUCCUUCUUACCGAGCCACAUGUUCUUGCUCUGGUUCUACUUCUACCCAAAUACUAUGGAAAAUUAUAAUGAUUUCUGGCAUGUCUGCAAAAUAGUGGGAUAUGUUCUUACAUUUGCAAACAGCUGCAUGAAUCCAGUUGCACUGUACCUGGUGAGUGGAAUCUUUCGCGGAUAUUUUCAGCAGUAUCUGUUUUGUUGUUUUUCUAACAAAACGCUAAGACGGAAACAUGGUCAUUCUUUAACUCUAAAAACGGUAAACACCACCUUCAUUGCUGACACUCCGCAAAGAAGACUUCAUGUAACCACCGAUCUUUAAGUCAAAGUUUUUUGAGAGAGUUCGUUCUAUGUUGAAACUUUAUUAAAAGAAACCACAUAGAACAUAACCAUGGAUGUUUAAAAUAAAGUUGAUCAACUCCACUAAUAAAACCCUGCUAUGAAGAGCUACAUUAUGUUUAACCACGAUUAAAUAUGUUAAACAUUACCUUAUUUGUUAGAAUAUUGCCAGUAUAAUCCAUGUUGAUUGUACCAUCUGAUUGCUAAUUUUGAGGAAGUUAAGCACUAUGUUCUUGUUAAAAUCCUGCUAAGAACAGAAACGUUGAAUGCGACCACUCUUCUCUGUUUAAACUCUAUUAAUAACAGUCAUUUUGAAUACAUCAUCUAUCUUUAAUGUAAAUACUAUCAACAUGAUAUUCUGUUGAAACUCUGUUUAGAGAAUAAAUCUUUAAUGCAGCCAUCGACCUUUAAGCGAAAGACUUCAAACAUGAAAUGUUUCCUGCUGAAGUUCUAUUUAGGGCUGCAACGUUGGAUAUAACCACUGAUCUUUAGUUGAAAGACUUCAAACAUGAAAUAUUUCCUGCUGAAGUUCUAUUUAGGGCUGCAACGUUGGAUAUAACCACUGAUCUUUAGUUGAAAGACUUCAAACAUGAAAUAUUUCCUGCUGAAGUUCUAUUUAGGGCUGCAACGUUGGAUAUAACCACUGAUCUUUAGUUGAAAGACUUCAAACAUGAAAUGUUUCCUGCUGAAGUUCUAUUUAGGGCUGCAACCUUGGAUAUAACCACUGAUCUUUAAUUGAAAGACUUAAAACAUGAAAUGUUUCCUUCUGAUGUUCUAUUUUGGGCUGCAACGUUGGAUAUAACCACGGAUAUUUAAUUUAAGGACCUUAAAUUUUAUCUUCUUCAUUGAAAUUCCGAUACAAUUAUGUUGACUGUUAACAGUACAUUGUUAAAACAAAGUGCAAUAAAUGCUCAAACGUACAAGAACUCGACCAUCAGACAAUUAAACUAUAUAAAUUAUUCUGAUACAAUGUUUUGACCUCCAGACAGUUCUGAAAACAAACACUUCGUAAGAUUCUUCGGUGAAACUAAGUCAACAUUCUCUACUCCUAGAAGAACUUUUAUAAAUCCUCAGUAUUUUGUCCUAAAAUACAUACAUCAAAUAUCUGGCCAUUGAGAACACCUAGUGGAUUUUCAAAGAAAUGCCAAGAUAUUGUUUAAUAUUUCAGCGUUUUUUAAAUCAGUUUUAAAUUGUGUAAUGUUGUAGUAGUAAAUUUCUUUUGUAUUAGUUUUAUCUUCUAAAAAUUACCAAACUCAAUCUUCUUUUAACUGAAUUAUUGAUGUAAAAUUCUUGCUUCUGGCAUUCUCUUAAAGAUUUG